AUGUUCAGAAUAUGUGCGUGUUUGCCGGUAGCCCUCAGGCUUUUUGUUGUGCACUGCAGAAGGGAGCUGAUACGAGUCGAUUUCGUUUCACUGUCGUUCCUACAUAAUAUCAUGAAUGAAUUUGUAUUUACGUUGUCGGCGGUGGAAUUUUUCUCAAUGGCAAUAUUUAGCAUUGUGUCUAUUCGGAAAGACUCCAUUGAAGUUCAUCGAUACUGCAAAGUGACAUUCGCUAUAGCAGCCUCCGCGAACAUGUUGAUCACCUCUGUUGUCAUGGCUGCUCACAAGAGGUUCAGCAGAAAGCGACUCGAUUCCAUUUCGAUAAUGGGGAAGAUUCUGUCCACGAUAGCUUUUUCGCGUAUGAUGUCUCGCCACAGUACUUUCAACGCCAUCACGCCGACAUUUCAUUCAAUAUGUGCCAUUCAUACUGUAAGUUAUUCGCAAAAAUGGGUACAGCUUAAAGUUGGGAGAACUUUUCGCUCGAUCCUUCGUCCAUCAUUUGACCCCCUCCCCUUGCAGAGGGUCUGA